GAGUCAUAGCACCUCCUGAGACCAUCCCACACGAACUCCGUCGACGUCUCUAUGGUUAUUUCCGUUUCCUGUCCCGGCUGCGAAGGGGCUGAGUGUGCGCGUGCGCAGUGAGUGCUUCCUUUUCUUUCUCUGCGGCCUACGGUGGUAGCAAGAUGGCCAAGCGCACCAAGAAGGUUGGAAUUGUGGGUAAAUAUGGUACCCGAUACGGAGCUUCACUUAGGAAGAUGGUGAAGAAGAUUGAAAUUAGCCAGCAUGCUAAGUAUACUUGUUCCUUCUGCGGCAAGACCAAAAUGAAGAGAAAAGCAGUGGGUAUCUGGCAUUGUGGCUCCUGUAUGAAAACAGUGGCUGGUGGUGCCUGGACAUACAAUACCACUUCUGCAGUGACAGUGAAAUCUGCCAUCAGAAGACUGAAAGAGUUAAAAGACCAGUAGAAACAUCUUUUUGUUUCAGUGUGCUGUUUAUCUUCCUCCUGCAGUGUCACGAUAUGUCAUUUUGUCUAUUAAAGGUGGAUGUGAAAGCUGGA